AGCGACCUGCUGUCGCUGCUGCCUCAGCCGUCCACAGCCACGAGCGCAGAUGACAUUCUGCUCAAGAGUCAAAAGAAGAGAGACGACGCGAGGACGGCGAAAUCAGCAGCAGCAGCAGCAGCAGCAGCAGCAGCAUCGGCGGCGGCAACAACAGUAGCAGCGGCGGCGGCAACAGCAACACGAGCAGCAGCUGCUGGCGGCGGCGGGGGCAUCCAAGGCCAGGCAGAAGAAGACCAAGAGUUCGAGUCGGACGAAGACGGGGAUGACCUUCUCGCUGGUAUGCACGCCAAGUCGGCGGCGGCGGCGGCAGCGGCAUCUGAGACCGGCUCGAAAAGCGGCCCUCUUUUUACCCUCCCCUCUCGAGCAAGACCGCCCCCCGCUGCCGCGCCCGCCGACCCACCGGAAGAGGGCAUGGGGGAGUUGGUCAGACCUAGCGGGGAAGACACAGCAGCGGUACCCAGGCAUCUCGAGACAGGGACACCGGGCCCAAGUGCGGGGCAACAGCAGUGGGGAGGGUUCGAUCGAGGGCAUGCCGCGGCGUUUCCCCAAGGAAGUUAUGCUGGGGCCGGCGGCUACGGUGGAGCGGCGGGGGCAGUGGGAGGGGUUGCGGCGGCAGGAACAAGCGCUACCGAUUACGCCAUUUAUGGGGCUGCUUCACAACAGCAGCAGCAGCAGCAGCAGCAAACGCCAUAUUAUCACCCUUAUGCAGCUGGGGCGGCUGCAGGUAGCUGCCAGCCCGAGUUCGGCGGUGGGGGAGCCAAGGCGACGAGGCGAAAAGGAAGGGAUAUGGAGCGCGCAUUGGCGAGGGGAAAUUUGGGAGCCUUGGGGAGCGAGAUGCCGGUGAUGGACCUAGAACAAGGCAGCAACGAAUACAACCCCCUGCGAACGAAGCCGACCACGGCUGCCAUGAACCAGGAGCAGAAGCACAUCGAGAGCAGUGUUUACGACCCGAGCACCGGGAAGACAGUGAAAACUCUGGAGCCGACGUCGAUGCAGAAACGCAAGCACCAGAUCAACCAGCUGGCGGCGCAGGCGGCCAGCAUGGAGCGCGAUUUGAUGGAGCGUAGCGGCGCGUCGAGAUUAACCAAGGCACAGACCCACGCCAAGUACGGCUGGUAGUCCAUUCUGAGGUGUGUUGCGCGUGAUCGUGAACGGCCCUGCCCGGCUUGCCUGGUACGGGUGGGCGGUGGCCUACUGGGCCAACAACCAAACGAUGCGACUGCCUGAUGAAUUUUGGAUUUUGCUCGUGUGGAUUGAGUCUUUGGGGGGGUGCUUUUCGUCGACACAUGAUCGAUGAAGAAGCAACGCACCACGUUACGGAGCUAUUCGAAAUGAUUUGUUGCGUGUUUAGGUCGGUGCUCUCUUUGAACUCUAGCCCGCCUGCUCUGUGUUUUCUAGCCGGACGGCCCCAGUAGCUCUGUCAGGACUAGCCUCUUCUAAACAUGGUAAUUUUGUCCUCGGUGGCUUGCUUUGUGACAGUUGUACCACACAAGCGUCCUUCAAGUCUCAGGUAGUUUGCAACGUGCAGGCCAAGUUAAGCGAGCUUGACUUAUCCGCGGUGUAGAAUCCGAGUUCUUAUCGUAGACCCGGGCCGCGGCAGGGUUCGUGUGUCACAGGAGCUGCGCGUUCAAUACAUCCCACCUAGCUGCUCUGGGGGUGAGUAUUAUUUCGUAACGCAUACCACAUAGAGUUACAAGAAGAACCUCGCUUACC